AACAAGCUGGAGCUGUAGGAACAAUUUGUAUUUGAAAGAGGCAACACAGAUUGCCCAGAAACGGUCCCUGAGUAGGCUGUGCUCUUUGAUGAGGUGGAGCCAGUGCGGGAAAACAGACCAAAAUCAACCGCAUUCGCUAGAGGAAACCGAAUGGAUGGAAUCCCUCCUUUUCUUAGCCUAGGAAUGGGUCAACGGUCAUGGGCUGCGACGGAAGAGACUUCCGUGAUACAGAAACAUCAAGCGCGAGCGAAAGCCUGUAGCGGGAGCACAGGAUGUACGCAGGCGUAUUUCCCUCCUUGCGCAAAGACUGAUAGGCGCAGGAGAGUCCCCACCUUCCCGGAGAAAAGUCUCAGCUGAUCCAGGCUAACUGCAGCCGCCGGGGGUGGGAGGUCAGAAAAGUUGUGUGUAGGUUCCCGGGCCGAAUCGUCCAUCUGCUUGGAGGGCUUUGUAUUUCUUCCGCUACUAGUAGCUCCCCACCGUAGUGCGGUCGUUGCGUAUUGCUCCUGCUUGGUUUUUGCCUUGGAGUCGAAGAUGCUAAGAACGGCUCGUUGCUGGCUCGGGGUCCUGCUCCUCGUUGCUUUGUGGAGGAGUGGCUGGACGGCGGCUCUCGCCCCGCCGAAGGUCUACAGUCUGCGGGGGAGCUGGAGCCUGAGCAACGGAAACGGCUCGCUGGCGCUGAGAGGAGAUGUCCCCGGGUGCGUGCACACCGCUUUGCUCCAGCAGGGUCUCAUCCAGGAUCCUUAUUAUAGAUUUAAUGACCUGGCCUACACAUGGAUCUCCUUGGAUAACUGGACAUACAGCAGAAAUUUCAAAACUCCUUUUGAUGCCAGUGCAUGGCAAAAAGUGACUUUGAUUUUUGAGGGAGUGGACACAGUAGCACAGAUUGUGGUCAAUAACAUCACUGUUGGGAGGACAGACAACACGUUCACCAGAUAUAGCUUUGAUAUUACUGAUGUGAUCGAGGAGGUCAAUGCAAUCCACAUUCAUUUCUUCUCAGCUGUUUGGUAUGCUGCAGAGCAGAGUAAAAUUCACCAGGCAUACACGGUGCCUCCUGAAUGCCCUCCACCUGUUCAGAAAGGACAGUGUCAUGUUAAUUUCAUCAGAAAGGAGCAGUGCUCAUUUAGCUGGGACUGGGGCCCCUCUUUCCCUACUCAGGGAAUUUGGAAGGACGUUAGAAUUGAAGCAUAUAAUCUUUGUCAUCUGGUCUAUUUCGCUGUGACUCCUCACUAUGUGCGAGACGCUCAGCGGUGGAGUCUCAAAAUAGAGUCAGAGUUUGAUGUCAUCAGCUCAAAGCCAAUUGCUGGUCUCGUGACUGUGAGCAUUCUUGAGCUGCAGACGCACCGGACAUUCGCUGUGGAGCUUCAUCCUGGGAAAGGCAACAUUGUGCUGCUCAUAAACAUGAGUAAGAGUGUGGCACUGGAGCCUUGGUGGCCAAGAGGACAUGGAAACCAGACCAGAUACAACAUGACAACCACAUUCAUUAUAGAAGGAGGAUACAAGAUUGAGAAGCUUUCUAAGGUCUAUUUCCGAACAGUAGAACUUGUAGAGGAGCCCAUUCCUGGGUCACUUGGUUUGAGUUUUUAUUUCAGAAUCAAUGGACUCCCUGUUUUUAUGAAAGGAUCCAACUGGAUUCCAGCCGAUUCUUUUCAAGACAGAGUGUCCUCUAAAAAGUUAAGACUCCUCUUACAGUCAACAGCUGAUGCCAACAUGAAUAUGCUCCGGGUUUGGGGAGGAGGCAUAUAUGAACAAGAUGAGUUCUAUGAUAUCUGCGAUGAACUAGGAAUCAUGAUUUGGCAGGACUUUAUGUUUGCUUGUGCCCUUUACCCAACUGACCUCAGCUUCUUAGACUCAGUAAGAGCAGAAAUUACUCAUCAGGUAAAGAGGCUAAAAUCUCAUCCAUCUAUCAUUAUAUGGAGUGGUAACAAUGAAAACGAAGCAGCAAUUGCAGGCAACUGGUUCUCCAUUCCACGUGCAAAGAUGCACAUUUAUUUCAAGGAUUAUGUCACACUUUAUGUAAAGAAUAUCCAAGAGAUUGUUCUUGCUGAAGAUGAGACUCGCCCGUAUAUUACUUCCAGCCCUACCAAUGGUGUGGAGUCGGCCAAGGAAGGCUGGCUGGCCCAUAAUCCUUAUGACACUCAUUAUGGAGAUACUCAUUACUACAACUACCUGAGUGACUGCUGGGAUUGGACCACCUACCCCAGACCACGGUUUGCCUCGGAGUAUGGCUUUCAGUCCUGGCCUUCCUUCAGUACCUUAGCACAGGUAUCAUCCGAGGAGGACUGGUCUUACACAAGCAACUUCUCCCUGCAUCGGCAGCACCAUGCUAAGGGCAACGACCAAAUGCUUCAACAGGCAGGCCUCCAUUUUAAGCUGCCACAGGAAACAAACCCCCUCAAGAACUUCAAACAUUUAAUCUACCUCACUCAGGUUAUGCAGGCUCAGUGCAUAAAAACAGAAACGGAGUUCUAUCGUCGCAGCCAAAGCGAGAUAAUCAGCGGGGAGGGACGAACCAUGGGCGCGCUGUAUUGGCAACUCAAUGAUAUCUGGCAGGGUCCUUCCUGGGCUUCUUUGGAAUAUGGCGGCAAGUGGAAGAUGCUCCAUUAUUUUGCCCAGCGUUUCUUUGCUCCUUUUUUGCCGGUGGCCCAUGAGGCUGAAGACGUCCUCUACAUAUACGGUAUCUCAGAUCUUCACUCAGACUAUGAGCUGACACUCAGAGUCAGUCUGCAUGAUUGGAGUUUGAUGGAGCCAGUGUGUACCUUGGCUGAAGAGGGUGUGGUCCUUAAGGGAGGAGCAGGUGCCCCCAUCUACAAGGAGCCCAUCAGUGAGCUUCUGAAAAGAUGUGGAAAUUGUACUAGACAAAGCUGUGUUGUCACCUUUUACCUUAAGGGUGAAGAACUCUCCAGUUCAAGCAAUUACUUCUUUCUGUCCUCACUGAAGGAUGCAGUUGGACUAAAGAAUCCACAGCUUCUUGCUUCUGUUUCCCAAGAAAGAGAUCAGUUUCAGAUUAUCCUGGAAACAACGGCCAUCGCUCCUUUUGUGUGGUUGGAUGCUGGGAAUGUCCCAGGGAGAUUCAGCGACAAUGGUUUUCUUCUAACGGAGAAGCGAAAAGUCCUGUUGUUUUACCCUUGGGAGACCACUAGUGUGAAGGAACUGGAAAAAUCACUCAGCUUAACAUCACUAACAGACAUUUCCUGAGGAAAACCCUGAAGGAAGACAAAACUUAAUGGAAACAGGAUUGCAACUCUGCAGCAAGAGAUGCACAAAGUGGGGCCGUUAAAUAUAAUUCUUGUGCCAGCUUCUUGCACACUUGGGACUCUCUUGUUCAACAGACUGAGCCCAAGGGCAGCUCAGCACAUCUACAGACUGAGGCUAUUUAAAAACAAAAAAAGGAAAAACAAAAGAAAGGUCAGAUGAGCACAUAUGCUAAGAGAGCGUCAUGAGAAUAGGAAUAUGGCAGUCAAAGAAUAAUUGAUGCUUUGAGUAAAUUCCAUUCCUCUAUAUUCCAGAAUCAGGGCUUGUGUUUCAGAUGGAAAGGUGUGCUGCUUCAGAAAUAGACUAAGGAGUCACACCCAAGCAAGGCUCAAAUUACAGGGGAAGUGUGCGGUGGUGAUGGUGGUCCUACCUUUUGUGCAAGUCCUAGCUGCUGGGGCUAGUCAAGGUGGGACUUGUUGAUUUCACUAAGAGGCUCACUGUCUCUCCCCCCCCCCCCCCCCAGAGCAGGUCCCCAAGGCAAGCUGAAAGUUCGCAACAUGGAGAGGUGGUACCCAGCUCACAGUUUAAGGUAGUAAUGAUGCCUGGAACAAAAAUCCAGGCAGCACUGCUGCCUUGGACCUGUUCUGUGUGCUGCUUCGUUGUUGUUAUGUGCCUUCAAGUAGACCACGACUUAUGGCGAUCCUAUAAAUCAGCAACCUCCAAUAGCAUGUGUGCUGCUAAAGAUGCCAAAGAGAGAGAGAGAGAGAGAGGGAUGAGGCUGUGGGCCUAAAACAGAGUGUUUUUCCUUUACUACUGAGUAUUCUUGGCCAGCAGGUACUCAUUGGAAGAAAGCCUUUGAAGUCCGUGACUAUAAUUUUCUGGUCAGUUUGAACUGUGGCACUUCGCAGCUAAGCACCAAUUAAAAGGAAGGGAAGUGGGGGGAGCGUCAGGAGAGGAUGCCUUCUCAAACUGGUCCACUUAGAUGGUUCCCGGAGGAGGAGGAGCUAUGAGAGUCUGCAGCAAAAACAACCAAGUAUUGUGCCAUCUUAAACAGGCUAAUCCACAAAAGCAAUACCUUCAUCAUCAAUUACUGCUACUCUGAAGGGUCCCUUUAUAUAUUUAAACUUUAAUUGUAUCAUCACAGGCUGUACUUUUGUAUUCCAUUGCCAUUUAACUCCAACUUUUAUGUUCCCUGUCCCCUUCAUACCCAUAGACCUGAAGCCUAAGGAUCACACGUCCUGCAUCUGAUGUGAUUAUGAAUGCUCAUGUUGUAACAAAAUUUGUUAUUUAAGGGUGCCACAAGACUCUGUUGUUUUUAGUCCACUUAGGCUCUUUCUUUUCAAUAUUGUUUUUUAAGCACCUCUGCCAAUUUACGUGCUAGUCAAAAACAGUAUACCAAAGUAUCCAGCUCACACCAGUCUGACUCUCCAUUGAAAAAAGGUAUCAAUAUUUUCUCAUACUUCAAAAGGAUUGCUUGUAUUUGUACUGUCAUCAGCACAUAUAAUUGCCUCUAUCUGUGUUCUGACUUUCUUUACCUCUUAAGGAGUUCAGGAGGUAGCCCAGCCUUCUUGUAAUCCUAAAGAAGCUACUGCAAACAUUUUGCAAGACUGUAGGCCUUACUCAGGUACCCUUAAGAAAAGAAAAAUACCUCAUUACCCUAUUGAUGCAUUACUGUUCUAGGUUAUGAGAGCUAUCUCAUCAAACUAAUGGGAGGAAGUUGCCACCAGCAACUUUGUUGCAUCUCAUGUGUGGGUCAGCACAUAAAUACUGAAAAUGAUAUGAAUUUUGCUUUUUAUUAUAAAAGUAAAAUAAAAAACAAGCAUUUAAAA